AUGGCGGCCGCCAUCAUGAAGCUUGUCAACAGAAGCUCUCAGAAGACGUUUAUGGGACAGCUCUGUAUCGCGGUCACUGCGGCCGCUAAAGCCAGUACGGCUGGAGUUAAAGCUCGUGCAGUUCUUCCAGAUAAAGUGAAGAUUGUGGAAGUGGGACCGAGAGAUGGGCUUCAAAAUGAAAAGAUAAUUGUGCCCACAGAAACCAAAAUUCACUUGAUCAACAUGUUGUCAGAAGCCGGCCUUUCUGUAAUUGAAGCCACAAGUUUUGUGUCUCCAAAAUGGGUGCCCCAGAUGGCAGAUCAAAUGGAAGUAAUGAGCGGAAUCUGCCGAAAACCAGGAGUGACGUAUCCAGUUCUUACACCAAACCUAAAAGGCUUCCAGGCCGCUAUGAAGGCUGGUGCUUCAGAGGUUGCCAUAUUUGGAGCUGCUUCAGAGCUGUUCAGUAAAAAGAAUAUAAACUGCACUGUGGAUGAGAGUUUACAGAGAUUUGAAGAGGUAAUGAAAGCAGCGAAAGAGGCCCGGAUACCUGUGAGAGGUUAUGUGUCUUGUGUCCUGGGAUGUCCGUAUGAAGGCAAAGUGGCACCAGAGAAAGUUGCUUAUGUAGCUAAGCGUCUGUAUGACAUGGGUUGCUAUGAGAUCUCGUUAGGUGAUACAAUUGGAGUGGGGACUCCAGGAACUAUGAGUGUGAUGUUGGAGGCAGUGACUAAAGAAGUGCCAGUCAAUGCACUCGCAGUGCACUGUCACGACACGUACGGACAGGCUUUAGCCAACAUUCUGGUGGCCCUACAGAUGGGCGUUAGUGUAGUAGACUCUUCCGUAGCUGGACUCGGUGGAUGUCCUUAUGCUCAAGGGGCUUCAGGGAAUGUUGCUACAGAAGAUGUUGUGUACAUGCUUCAUGGUCUUGGCCUCAGAACAGGAGUGGACAUGUCCAAGCUGAUGGAUGCUGGAACUUUUAUCUGCCGAACCCUAAACAGAAAAUCUAAUUCUAAAGUUGCUCAGGCCACCUGCAAAUUGUAG